AUGGCACUAAAUUCUCUUACCUCAGGAGACGGAGCGUAUGACAGCAUUUAUCAGGACAUUAUGGACCGGAUAACAGAACAAGAUCCAGAAUCGAGAAAUUUGGCGUAUAAGAUUCUUUCUUGGAUUACAUAUGCAACGAGGGCCCUUAAAAAGGAAGAGCUACAACGUGCGAUUGCCAUAGAACUUGACGAGACCGAAAUCGAAGAAAUAAACCGGGGAGUCAGCCGAUACGAAUUUAAUUUCAAUCCUAGGGAUGUACCAGAAAUCGAAGAUAUGAUUUCGGUAUGCUGCGGCUUGAUUACAGUCGACGCGCAGAGUGACGUUGUCAGACUAGUCCACUACACUACACAGGAGUAUUUUGAGCGAACCGGAUCGGUCUGGUUUCCACAAGCAAAUGGCAACAUUGCGGCAACAUGCAUAAUUUCGAUGUCGCUUAAUGUAUCAUCGGGAGGCGUGCUAAAAGACUCGUAUAGUGCUAUUUACUGGCAGGAUCAUAUUCUAGAGUCUACGAAAGAGGAAUCGUGCAGUUCUCUAACAAAAUUGGGCCAGGAAGAUCCAAAUUUCCUGUCCUUGAGAAAAGUUAAACUUCAGCCGCUAUUGCUGGGCUUUUUUCGGACACAUUAUCUGCGAUUAGCUUAUGUCAAACGCAUGGUGGCGAUUAAUAUUAAUAGGAUUUCAAAAUUCCAGGGUGGACAGGGUUGGUUGGAGGUGGUGGCACGCACGCAGAUCUACAUAUAUCUAGCUACAAAUUUAGCUGAACUAAUAGUCCGCUGGUGUACGGGCCCGCAGCCCAAACUAGACGGGGACGCAGAACAAGAGGAGUCCUUCCCUUCUCGGUUCAAAUUCAGGCCAGAUGAGGCUGUGGGAUUUUUGGCGAAGCAGGGCAUAUACCUCCUCGCGGAUGAGAAAGCCGGAGGUAAUUUUGAAUUUUCUGCACUAGAGUGGGCUGUGAAUACAGGGAACCAAGAGAUUUUGAGGAAUAUAGUAGACAUGAAUAUAGACGGAGUACGCUCAAGCGCCUGCGCUAGAAUAGAUCUCUUAACCUUAGCUGUUGGAAACGGGUACUACGACAUUGCAGAAUUGUUGUUGGAAGGAAAGGACCUAAAAGCUCCUAUUUAUUCGGAUGGGGGAACAAUACUGUCUGCGGCAGCGGCGGAAAGUCAUAACGGUGUGCUUGCCAAAAUGUUAUUGGACAAAGGAUUGGAGAUUGAAACCAAAAAUGAUUUAGGUAUGACCCCACUGUCACUGGCUAUCAAAAACUGGAAACUUCAGAAUAUUAUUGUAUUGUUGGAGAGGGGUGCAGAUUUUCGCGGCCAAGGUGAGGAUAAAGACAGGGAAAGUAACCAACUACUAUUGGAGAUAAUGACGGAGCACGGAAAGGAUGAUAUCGUCAAAUCUUUAAUAGAACGGGGCAUAUUUCUUAAACUCGGCAAUUCAGCACUAGGCUAUAUAGCAUGGGCUAUAGGGAGAGGACAGGGAUUCUCUAGAAACGCAUAUGAUAUGUUACAAAGUUCACGAAGACCUGAUGUCCAAAACUUGCCAAGGAUGGAUCUUUCGAUUUUGAAAACUCUACUAAAAAUUGCUGGAGAACAUUCCCGGGAGGAUUUUCUCGAAAUUUUGUUAGAAAGUGGAGUCCCUGCAGAUGAGAUUGCGGAAGCUCUGUUAAAAGAGUCCCCUUGA